AUGAAGAGCUCGGCCGUGUGCUUGCUCCUGCUUUCGCAGGCGGCCGCGGUGCUGGGCACCAACGCAAAAUACUACCAUGAUGCCCAGGAAGAGAAGCUUGCCCGUCGCGACCCACGGAAUCAUGGCCUAGGCCCCAAGACGGAUGUGGUCCAGGAACAGGCCCAGCCGGCCCCUCGGCAGCCAGGCGCCGAUAUCGUUGAAUCUGCGAUCUCGGAGCUCCAGAAGAUCCCACGAUCAUCUCGACGACGGAAGCAUCAGUCAUCCGGCAUCAUCGGCGCGACACUUCGAUACCUCGGCAAGGCGAUACCCACGGGCCCCGCGUCAGCGCCGUCCGCCAACAAGCCUUCGAAAGCCGUCUCUGGGCCUCUCCUGAGCGCGGUUGAGCUCCUGGAGGAAGCGGCUCAUCAUAACAACUCCGACGCCCUCUUCCUGCUCGCCGAGCUCAACUUUUUCGGCAACUACAGCCACCCGCGCAACCUUCACGCGUCCUACAAGCACUACAAGCAGUUGGCAACCGCUCAUGGGAACACGACGGCGCAGUACAUGCUGGGGUUGUAUCACUCGACUGGAAUUGGCAACGUCGUUCCUCGAGACCAGGCCAAAGCUCUCCUCUACUACACCUUUGCGGCCGUCAGGGGCGAUACUCGGGCCGAAAUGGCAACGGCAUUUCGGCACCACAGCGGGAUAGGCGCGACAAAGAGCUGCGAGGCGGCGGUCAGGUACUACAAGAGGGUUGCCGACAAAGCCAUCAACUGGUACCGUGCCGGGCCCCCGGGCGGCAUGUCGUGGGUGUUCCAGGGGUGGCGCAUUUCAGACGAUGACGGUGGCAUAUAUGGCGAAGGUGCGAGUGUUUCCAGCUCAGGGAUCAACUCUCGAAAAGUCAACGCAUAUUCGGACUCGACGCGUGCUGCCAUUGGCGACGUCAUCGAAUAUCUCGACCUCGUGUCCCAGAAAGGCGACUCGAAGGCGUCCUUCAAUCUCGGACGGAUUUACUAUGAAGGACAGCGUGGCCUCGACAGAGAUUACGAGCUUGCCAGAAAGUACUUCUACCUGGCUGCGUCCAGGUAUUGGAAAAAGGACAACCGCAUUGUCGAAACUUACACCAAGGACGUGGAGCGGACGGCAGCUCAAGCCGCGGGCUACAUCGGCCGCAUUUACCUGAGAGGAGACGGCGUGGUGCAAAACUUUGAGCGAGCCAAAAUCUGGUUCGACCGCGGCAUAUCCCUCCGGGACGCACAGUCGCAGUACGGACGGGGUCUCAUGCUGCUGAACGGUUACGGCGGCAAGGAAAACGUCAAGUUUGCCAUGGAGUUGCUCACGGCCGCCGCCAACCAGGAUUAUGCUCCGGCACAGGUUCAGAUGGGUAGACUAUAUCUCGACCAGGGCGAGCCCGAGGACCUCAGAAUCGCCAACAACCACUUUGAGUUGGCGGCGAGACACGGCAAUAUCGAGGCUCACUAUUAUCUGGGAGAGAUGGUCUACCACGGCGUCGGCCGAGAAAAGCUUUGCGGCAUGGCCAUGUCAUAUUACAAGACUGUGGCAGAGAAGGCGGAACCGCUCGUCUCCUCGUGGGGAGACGCAAACGACGCGUACGAGGCCGGAGAUCACGAGCUGGCAUUCUUGGAGUAUCUCAUGGCGGCCGAACAAGGCUACGAGAGGGCGCAGACGAACGUGGCCUACAUGCUCGACACGGGCCGGUCCAAAAUACCCUUUUCGCAGUGGUUCCGGAAGCCCAGGAGCGAGGCCGAGCUCUUGGAGAAUCCCGGCCUGGCUCUCAUCUAUUGGACGCGGUCGUCGAGGCAGUCCAACAUCGACUCGAUGGUGAAGAUGGGGGACUACUACUUCUACGGCAUCGGGACAAAUCAAGAUGUCGGCAAGGCAGUCCAAUGCUACACUGGGGCCUCGGACUAUUCGCAGAGCGCGCAGGCCUUGUUCAACUUGGGGUGGAUGCACGAGAACGGCAUCGGGCUGACACAGGACUUUCACCUGGCUAAGCGCUACUAUGACCACGCUUUGGAGGUCAACGAGGAGGCAUACCUUCCGGUGACGCUGAGCUUGCUCAAGCUCAGAAUCCGCAGCGCCUGGAACACUCUAACCCAUGGCUCCGUGCACUCGAUACAAGACGAGCCGAAAAAGGGCAAGGAUUGGUCCUUGUCGGAGUGGAUUGCCAACUUUCUCGAGGAUGAUAACAUCUACUACGAAGACGAACUAAAUAACGACAACAUGUAUGAAGGCACCAUCGGCGCUGGAGACGAAGACUUUGAUGACGGAGGCGUGGUCGAGAGCGUGGUCAUUAUCGGCAUCACGAUGGCCCUCGUCUUCCUGCUGUGGUGGCGGCAGCGGAUACAGCAGGCGCACGCACAGGCCGAGGAGGAGCGAAGACGGAACCAGGGCCAGGGAGGGCAUCCGCCGCCAGGGAACCCGGCCGAUGGAGGCGAUGCAUUCCGUGGGUGGGCUGCGGGCGGGGAGGGCAUCAUCGUCAAAUGGGUCAUUUUCCUCGUCAUCUUCCUGCUCAUCAUGGGGUACAUCCUCGGAGGCUACUGGCACGCGAAGCGGCGGCUGCGAAAGGGCCUCCAGCCGCUGGCGUACCACCGAUGCCUGGUCAGUCGACGGGCGUAUCAACCUCCACAGUACCAAGCCAGCUGGCCGCAACAGGGCGGCGGCGGCGGCUACUAUCAGCCCGACGCCUACCACAUGGGCAACAUGGCACCCCCCGUGUACGACCCGAACCGUCCGCCCAUGUACCCUGGCCAGCCGGCCGGGCCUCCUGAGGGCGGCAGCAAGGUCGACCCGUCGCAGUGGCGGACGGAACCGACGAGGCGAGCCCCCGAGUCGAACCCGGCUCCGGACUAUGCGCCGCCCGCAGGCCCGCCGCCCGCGAACACGAGGUGA